CACAUCCAGAGGGAGAAUCAUGGGAUACACAUCCCAUUUCUUUACAUCCGAUCUCUGGUUUUCGUAGUUUUCCUUGUUAAAUCACUUCGAUAUUGUGAUAUUUUUGUAGUGUAGUGAGUUGACAAGGUAUUUCUUGAUUCGGGACUGGACAACAUCCAUCAGAGGCACCAUGAUGGCAUCUACCCCCAGGCCUGAACUAAACUUUCUCAGCAAGAUUUUCACCCCCCGUAACCAACAGCAACCGCAGCAUCGAGAAGAAGAAGAGGCAGACGAUAACAAAACCGAAACCGACAUGGCAGAAGAUCCCGGACACAAAGCGAUGUUGUACUUUCUCGAGGUCCUCAUGAACAGCAACGGACCACUUUCGAUCAGCCAGAUGGCGGGAAGGUUCGGCAGUCGAACAUUCUCGCCGGAGAUGCGCACAGCUGCCGGGGGAAACGAGGCAGGACUUCGUAAAUUCCUUCUGAAGUAUCCAUCGUUGUUUCAAGUGAACGGCAACCUCAUCUCGUUAAACGACAGCGGUUCGGCACCAGCACCUGCUCUUUCUAAUUCGUCAUCGUCAUCAUCGCUGAAUUCAAAUACACCAACGACGCCGUCGCGGACAGUGACAGACCUUUCUCUCGAGACGGAGGCGGUACUCUUCUUCCAGAAUCGUCUCGCUAAGAAGGACGAGAAGUGGUGUCAGAUCAAGAGCUUGGCCGGCCAUCUUUCACAAGCUCCAGUCGAAGUCCGUAACAUUGUUGGUCCACAGAACGAGUUUAAGAAGUUUCUUCUCAAACACCCGCACGUUUUCGAAGUGCAGGGUGAGUUAGUCGGCCUUCGGGACAGCUUUUCUAGUGCCUCUUACAACACUAACCACCUGAGAAAGUCUGACUCUUUCAGUAAACCACCCGUGCGACCAAAGAAUCUCAAGUUUGCCCAGCGUUCCCAUAGCAACCCGAUUACUCCACUUCCAAAGACGCCAAACAUGACUCCUCUGGCUACUCCAACGACGCCCAGCACCAACAAACCGGGUCCCAUCACCAUGACAGCAAACGAAUACAAGGCCGUCAUGUACAUCAAGAGCAUCAUUGAGAAGAAGGGUAAGAUCAAACUGCACAACCUGACAGGUCACUUCAGUCAGGCCGUAGAGAGUGUCAGGAACACCAUCGGGUGGACAAAAACAGAACUAGAGGAGUUCUUAAUGAAGAACCAGAACAUGUUCACGAUCGACGAGGAAGAAUACGUUGGGAUUAAAAAAACACCAAAACUUCAUGUGAUAAUCACGGGGAGUCGCCCUCAAGGUCAGAGCGCACAGACUCUGACCAACCGUAGGGGCAAGAUAUUUCACGUCGCGAAACUCUGGGGGAUCAUUGACCUUGGCAAGCAUGAACAUGUAUUUUUCGACCGCUCAAUCUAUACUCAGCAGUGCGAGGAUUUACAACGUGAUUUUCAGAUUGGUGAGAUGUUGAACUUUAAUGCAGUUCUGGCACCGAAAGAUAGCCGUGCGAAAUGGAAAGCUACACAGAUCUGGCGUGACGGAGAGGUGCAUUCUGAUUCAGACCGAACUGUCACAUUUGGUGACAGCUAUAGCUCGGGUCCUGUGUCACCAUCGACAAGCAUCGAGGAAGAAAUCUCACGUCUGCUUCCGAACGAUUUUGAUCCUGCGGAGAUCAUGAAACAGUUAAAGGAUGACCCGUUUAAUGAUGCAACACCUUCUGGCACGGGCAGUGUACCAGUUUGGAACAACCGCUCAAACGAUCACUCACGCAUCCGCUCCACGUCUGACCUUCCCGAGAUCAGCCCGUCAAUCAGCAUGGUGCCGGAGAAUUACUUCAUGUACGCAUCUUCCAUGGAAGACGUCCAUAAGGCCCUUCCUGAUUACAUCCAGCUUCCAGAUCCGAGUGACGUUGUCAGCCCGAUCAAGCACAAGUCCUUUACUAACCAUAAGGAUGCUGCCCAGAAUGGGGAAACCAACGAACCUCGGUGCCGUGAUAUCGGCUGUCAGACGAUCUCAACCGGUGAGGUGUUGGCCACUCAGCUGUAUCAUGAGGGCUUCGGUAAAGACAAGGAGAAACCGGAUAAAGAUGCGGCCAACAGCGAUGGUGACAGUGAGAGUCAGUGAUCAUAGGUGUCGCUAGUGCAUUCAGUGGCUGCUGGGGGGCACCACUGGUGUGCUACCAGUUUUCAAGCUUUCGAGCUGAUUCUGUAGUUUUGCAGGCCUUCACAUUUUGAAUUCAACAAUAAGCAUGUUAGCUUAUUAUCAGCAUGGCAUCAUUACGCAUUGUCUUUAGGUAACCAUGGUAACGUUAGCUGGUACAGUUGCCAUGUUACAUCUUGGAACUUUCGAAAACAGGACAAAGCUUUGUUUUUCGCUUAAAGAGGUAUAUGGUACGGUGGCCACAGCAAGACGAGUCCUGUCUUUUCGUAUAUAUUCUGUGUAAGUGUGUAAACAAGUGAACGAGGAAGUUAAUCCAAUGUAUACAAGUGUAAAAUCUCAUUUUAAGUUGACCUUGUGACGACGAGAGCUGGUUUUUCGGGGGAGAUCUCCAUCUGUCCCACUCUAAUCUUCUUUGAAAAGAGAUUUCGUAAAGCCUUUUGAAUUCUGUAUUGUGGAGCUAAUAACAGAAUAUGUCAUUCUUAUGGGUGCUGGAGUUUUGGUGAAAGUACAGUGUAGGUGCUUAGGUAUGUAGGUUUCUAACUCUGUCUGGAGAUUGGAUGGUGCUGUUCAUUACAAUAUAAAAAUGCCUGGGGUUAGAAAUAGGCUGUGGAGUGUUUUUGAGUUUUUAAAGAUCGAAGUCAAAGAUAGAGAUGACACUGUUAUAGUUUGGCUUCUUCAAGUGAUAGUCAGUGUUGAAAGAUCUACUGUUGUUGUCACAAGGUCUUCUAUUCAAAACUAACCAUGUACAUAAACAUAUGAAAUGAUGCUAAUUUAUCAUGCAGUGUUUCACUGUAGAAAUGAAACCACAAAUGCAUGCACUGAUCUUAUAAGUUAUAUGAUGAAAUAUGAUGUACAAUUAUUCAAUCUGAAAAAGAUGUUUGUUCAUUGAGGCGAAGCUCUCGUUUCGAAGUAAGACAUUUUGAAAAGAGGCACGUCUUCUUUAAACACAGCUUAUCAAAGAAAUGCAUGGUUCUUUGAAAUGACGAGGAUAUGUUAUAAAAUAUGGUUUAUUUUAUCUUGCAUGAAUAGAAAGCAGUGGUAUAGUCUCAGCAGAUUUUGUAUUCGCCCCCUCCAAUUAUGUCAAAAUGGUAAAUAUGAACCGAAAAAAAUGAUAAAAAAUGAAAGGUUUUCCCACUGCAGUAUCACGAUAGUAUCCAAGCUGAGAUGCUGUUGGUUUUGAGAGAAAAUCAUUUCCACUACCCAAACUAGAAUCAGUGCUGUGGUGUACCUUUUCAGAAUCUUAAAAAAUUGAAAACAUUUUCCAUGUAGAGCUGGAGAUUAUCUGAUCUGAGUGGGGCCUACCCGUCAUUUUGCAUGGCUUUGCUUUCUAUAGGAGACAUUUUGAGAGUGAGGUUCAUCUCAAACUUGUACUGGUGGUGUUUGUUUGGACUGCGGGCUGAUCAUCCUUGGCUGGACCAACAUUUUCAUUCGCCACUUUUCUUUAGCAGGUAUUUGGGGGGGGGGGGGGGGGGGGUCUGGUCAGGAUUGACCAAUCAGAAAAUGCCUAAUAUGCUUGUUCAGCUCAGAAAGUAUGUGCCAUGGGGCUUACAAGGCAUCUGAUUCAUCAAUACCUGAGCAGACGUCCCUUGUGCUCGUUUGACAAAAGCCCCAAAUAAAAAAUUGCACUCUUGUUGUGUCCACCCAAAGUUGAGAAGUCUGUGCGUCCAAGACAAGUUGUGAGACGUGUUAGAGGAGGACACAACGUUUAUACGAGGGCGGGCAUCGUGGAGGAGACACUGUUUUCACCAUCUUCUUCUUGAGGUAUUUAAACUCCUCAGUAUCAAAGCCGUGUUGCAUUGGUGGAAGAUCGAGGUCAUGGGAGUUUUUAUGUGAGUAAUUAGCCGUACUUUGUCUUCAGUUGUCAAUCUGCAACCAGACCAGCCGUCGCUUGGCUCUGUGAAUGAAGCGUUUCUCCAUCAUGCCUGCUUUCGCCUUGCAUUUGUAAGGCACCAAUUUCAUCGACUUGGGACCAUUGGGAAAAUCUUGACACCUUUUCACAAGAUUUGAAUGUUCACUAAAAGGUGUUUGUCAGCUCCAGUUCAUAUGACGGUCAGACCACUCGAGAUCUGUGUUCUGUCAUGUCACAGUUUGUCUGGAGGCAGAUGUCAAGACUGUCAUCCCAAUGGUCCUGACGGGAACGGGUCUCGAAAAUCAUCCGAGGGAAAAGUCUAGUCAAUUCUACCAAAUGUUUCUUAUUUUCAAACUUUCAUUACAUGCUGUUACUCAGAUUUGGAAACGUAAGGUUCGGGAAUCCUAAACCUUGAAACAAUUAUUUUAUUUUUGGGUGAUUUUCUUAAUUUGUUCCCGGGAACUCAAUGUAAAUAGGAAACAGCCAGUUGUUUGCAAGUUCUUUUAACCCUUUUUGUGCUAAGACUGUUAUGUGGUGAAAUAUCCCAAAUUCAUAGCAAUGUUUGAAAACUGAGGGUGUUGACAUCACAGAAGAAAGUGAACAUCAUCCUCAACAGUUUGUAAUUCAUAUAUAUACACACAUAUUUUGUGUUUGACAAAAUGGGAUUUUUGAUAGCAACUGUAAAUCUUUUUGCACAGUUUAAGUGUGGCACAGCAGGGGUUAAGAUAAUGAUAAACAUCGGUUAGUUUCCUUGGCUCACCUGCCCUUUACCUCCGAGUAGGGGGAAGAGUAAGCGUGACCUUGGGAAGUGGUGUGACCUUCCCAAGGUCAGGGUCAAUGUACUGCUGGACAAUACAAUCGUGGAUGAUUCAGAUCAAGCUUGGUUUGCUCAAAUAUGGUAAAAUUCUAAAUUUAUAAACCUGUAUUCAAACCUGAGUGAUGCUCGAGGAGUUGGGUUAACAAGUUUUGAAGUUUCUUCUCAAAAUCACGUCAAGUCCUUGCGGCCUCGUGCCAUGAUGGACUUGGACGUUUUGAUGGAAAUGUGAAGGAAACUACCCUUGUGAAAAAUGCCCAGCAAUGUCUCCAAUCGAAUGCAGUUGCAAGUUGCGGCAUUCGCGGCUCGAGAUAUUCGUGAGUUUUAUCAAGUUUGGGUGAGUUUGAGUGUAUGAGUAUUACAAUGUCUUCCUCAGGGCGAUGUUCAGGAGUACAGGACUAGAUAUGAUGAGGUGUCCUCUGUCAGGUCCUGUACUCUUCUGGAACAGAAGCCUUGGCUAACAAAACCCUUGCUUCAACAAUCAUUCAGCUGUUGCAGUGACUUGAGAAGUCACUGCCAUGUCAUUUCCACCCAAAAGGUCCUUAACCCUGGUGGGGUUUAUGUUACAACAUGCGAAGCCAUUGUCACUAGAGCCAAAAUGUGACAGUCAGUGAUUGUUGAAUGAAGGGUUUUGCUGCAAUAGCUUGUCUGAGACAAAAACACUGGCCAAGAUGUUGGUGGUGUGUUUUUGGGACACGCUGUAUUGUAAGCUCCCUGAUUUGGUGAUCCAUGCACCACGGGGAACCAUAUGGCCAGAUGUGCUCUGUUCGACCUUAACCUUCUUUUCAAGGUCACAAAGGUCUGUAAGAUGGUGGCCUAAGUCCUUCUUUGUCUAAGGAGCUUUGAAUUGAUAGGUAGGCUACCCAUGGGGCAAACAAAAUUUAGGUCUGGUUUGCUCAGUUGAACAUUGUGUCACACAGUGAUGGCAUUAGUGACACAUCCAAAGUUGUUAAAGACAUCCAUCAGUAACUGAUGUUGAUACGUGUCGCUGGAAAUGGUCUUAUAGUCCCCGUGGUGAACAACGCUGUGGACUGGAUUCUACGGCUAGCAUCGCGUUGGCUUUGAAAUAUGGAGAUAUUUGGCUAAGGUGGCCUGGGUG